AUGUCCACCAACAUCGACAACAAAGCCGACAUUGCCCAUCUGGAGCGGGGCGAUUCUGGUAAUCUCGAAUACAACAAGACCGAGCAUGCCCAGGUUCAGGUGGAGGACGCGGUGGCGGCUGAAUUUGUUGAUCCUACGGUCACCAUCUCGCCUGAGGAGAAUCUACGGUUGAGGAAGAUCAUCUACAAGAAGCUGCUGCCCAUCAUGUGUAUUGCCUACGUGACCCAGAGUCUGGACAAGGGAACGCUGGGGACGUCCUCCAUCAUGGGCUGGAUACAGGAUGUCAAUGCGCAAGGUCAAGACUAUGCUUUGACCUCCACCAUGCUCUGGAUCGGUAUCAUCGUCGGGGAGCCCCUGGUCAACCAGUGUAUCCGGAAGUACCCCGUAGCCAAGGUCCUCGGUGGCUCCAUGGUCGUCUGGUCUCUCCUCGUCGUCGGUCUGGCAUUCGCGCUCAGUAUCCCUCCCGUGCUCGCCAUCCGCUUCCUCCUUGGGUUCUUCGAAUCCAGUUUCUCCCCUUGUCUUAUGGCCAUCACCGUCCAAUGGUUCACCGUAGACGAGCAAACCUACAUCACCACCAUCUGGACCGCCAUGUUCGCCGUCGCCGGCGUGACGGCCAAUCUCCUCGGCUACGGCUUUUACCACGUACUCGGCGCCAACCCCCUGCGCGGCUGGCAGAUCAUGACCGUCGUGAUCGCCAUCAUCUCUCUUGCAGCUUCGGCCAUCUGCCUUUGGGGCAUUCCGGACACUGUCGCUCAAGCUCGAUUCGCCUCGCCUUCCGACAAGAUCCUCUUUGUCGAGCGCGUCCGAGCCAACGACCAAGGCAUCAAGCAAAAGGUAUUCAAGAAGGAUCAGGCACGCGAGUCUUGGACCGACCCCCUCACAUGGUCACUUUGCAUCAUGAUCUUCCUCCAGACCCUCGUUGUCGGCGGUUUCAACACCUUCAACUCUAUUCUCAUCAACGGUGCCUUCGGCUUUGACGUCAAGACGUCUCUUCUCGUCUCGAUCCCACUCUCCAUCUUCCAGGUCUGCCUCUACUUCCUGGCUGCAUUCCUGGGGAACAGGUACAAGAACACCAUCUACGUCAUGAUUGGCUACACAUGCACCAACAUCAUCGGUACCGUCGUCCUCUUGACCGUCGCGCCUACCGAAAGCACCCGCAUAGGCCUACUCAUCGCUUUCUACGUCAUGCAAUGCUUCCAAUCCUGCCACCCCUCGAUGUACGUCAUGCUGUCUCGGAACGUCGCUGGGCAGACCAAGAAAUCCAUCGUCUACGCUGCCUUCUUCGUCGCUUGGGCAGUCGGUAAUGCCAUCGGACCACAAAUCUUCCAAGCCGCCUGGAAACCGCGAUACUACAACUCCCUCUACAUUCACCUCGGAAUCUACGGGCUCUUCAUCGCCAACCUCGUCUGGAUGCGUGUCAUGCUUACCCGGCGAAACGCUAAGCGCGAGAAGGAUCUCUUGGACCAGGGUCUCGAGAACAAUCACUCCAAGGCUUUCGACGAUAUGACGGACCUUCAGAACCAGGACUUUAGGUACUCUGUCUGA